GCACAUCGUGAAACGCUCCUUAGUAGUGCACGUGUGGUUGUUGUAAACUUCCUCCAUGGCGGGCUCCUUUUCUCAGGAGCUUGAGGACUUGUUGAACCCUCUGCCUAAAUUUGCAGAUCCGGAGGAUGACGGGGAUGAGGCGACCAAAGCCAAAGUGACGGAGAGAUUCAGCGAGGAUGAAGACGAAGAUGAAGUCGGCCUCAGUGCCCUGCGGAAGAGCAACACGACCCUGCUGUCAGACUCCGACAAACGGUAUGUGGGGAAGACAGUGUCCCGUAAACAGCUGCUGAUAGACACUGGGGGAUCUGGUGAGGAGGAGGAGGAAGAAGAGGAAGAGGAGGAGGGGGGCAGUAUAGAAGGUCUAGAAGAAGAUGAUGAUGAAGAAGAGCAUCCUUUGGGGGAUGAAGAGGAUGAUGAUUUAGAAGAAGAUGAUGAUGAUGAAGAGGAGGAGUUGGGCAGUGAUGAUAAACUGGCAUCCAAGAGAAAGGGCACCCACGUGACCUUUCGUAAAGGGGUGGACUUUAACAAGCUGACAGAGGGCAUGGAUGACCUGGGAGUGAGUGAAGAUGAUGAUGAUGAUGAUGAUGAGGAGGAGGAGACAGAAGGCAGCGAUGAAGACGACUCUGAGAUGGAUGAUGAAGAAGGCGAGGAUGAUGGAACGGUCCUCACGUUCUCCCAAGACAAAGUGGACGAGGAGGUGGAGAAAGGCAAGGCGGUGAAGGAGCAGCUGGCCCUGUGGGACCAAAUGCUGGAGGGCAGGAUCAAAAUGCAGAAAGCUGUGAUCACCGCCAACCAGCUUCCUCAGCCGCAGACCUUCCCAGAGUUCAAGAAGAGGGGCGGGGCGGAGCUGGCGGGGGAGCUCAAGAACUCCCACAAGGCUCUGAAAGCUCUCCAGAGAUCCCUGCUGGAGCUGCACGACCAGCUGCUGUGGCAAAACGCCGACACCAGGAGCGUCGCUGUGGGGACGGCGGACGAAGACGAGGAGAUACACAGCGAUGAGGAUGAAGAGGUAGGAGGUGGAGCGCCCAAACGGAAGCUGGAUAUGGCGGAGUACCCGGACUUCAUGGCCAAACGUUUCGCCGCUUUCCAGCCGUACCGCAACGCCACGCUGCAGAAGUGGCACGACAAAACUAGGUUGACUCUCGGGAAAAGCAGCAAGGGCUUCGGGGCGUUUGACCGGAACAUACUGACCCAGGUGGAACAUGUGCUGAUGGACAAUGAGAGGCUGGUGCGGCGGACGCAGACCCGGCGCUCAGAGUACAAAGUGCUGGGGAAAAAAGAGGUGUCUAAUGUCAUCUCUGAGCCCGUCUGCAUAGAGGGAGAGGAGGUGGAGCUGGAACUGAAGGCCAACACGCAUCUCAAGGAUCUGGACGAGGAUAUAUUCGACGACGAUGAUUUCUACCACCAGCUGCUGAGAGAGCUGAUCGAGCGCAAGACAAGCGCAUCGGACCCCAACGACCAGGUGGCCAUGGGCCGGCAGUGGCUGGCCAUCCAGAAGCUGCGCAGCAAGAUCAAGAAGAAGGUGGACACCAAAGCCAGCAAGGGCCGCAAGGUCAGGUUCCACAUCCACAGCAAGCUGGUGAACUUCAUGGCUCCUGUAGACCACAGCUCCGUGAGCGACGAGGCGCGCAGCGAGCUGUACCGGGGACUGUUUGGGCAGAACUCAGCCGUCAGGGAAUAGUGUGCAGGAAGAAGUGCUCAGGGGAACUGUGAGGACAGUAACAAAAGGCCUUUUCCACAGCCCCUGGACUGAUGCUGAGCAGCUGUUUGUGUUGGAACAGAGAAUGGGCAUGCUAUUGUUAGAAGAAGCCCGAUGGACUAUAUAGAGUGUGUUAUGUAUACCUUUUAUACUGAGUAAUGUGUUCAGUAUGUGUUUUCGCACAAUGACAGAUCUGUGAUUAAAUGUCAUACAUGAGUGUUUUCAGUAAAUCAAAAUGCCUAUGAAAAAUGUCAAUUUUUUUGUCUCAAUCGAAACCCAAAGAUAUUACCUUUUUAACAAGAUAUAAAACAGAGAAAUAUGUCUCCAUAUUUAAGAUUCAAGAAAUGGUAUAUAGUUCUUGAAUAUUUGUCUAUUUGAACAACCACAAUGUGGGCGGUGGUGGCAAAGUGGUUAGGGACUUGGCCUGGGUCCCCGAAAGACCAAGUGCCGUGGUGUCCCUGAGCAAGGCACCGUUCCCUAUACUGCUCCCUGGGCGCCGGUAUGGCAGCAUAUGGCAGCCCACUGCUCCUAACACUAGGAUGGGUCAAAUGCAGAAUUCUCUAAUUUCCUAAGAUAUAGAACAGAGAAAAAUGUCUCCAUAUUCAAGAAAUGGUAUAUAGUUAUUGAGGAUUAAUGAAUGUACAUCUUGAUAUGGGGUGAUCUGCAUUUAGGGUGGCAGCAGUUCGAUCCCACCCUUGCAGUCGAAGUGUCCUCGGGCCAGAUACUGAACCCCCCACUUCUCUCGUAUACAUGUCAACAGUGUUAGUGAGUGUAAGACGUAAGUCACUUUGGAUAGUUGUAUCUUAAUACUAUGUAAUGUGAAACUAAUCAUUACAGCUCUAGACUAUAACAUUGAUUUGAAGGGAAACAUGUUAUUUUUGUUCUUAAAUCCAUCUCACAAUUCAGGUAAAGUGUUCUAAAAACAGUUUGAAAUAGGGAACUACCCUAACCUAUACUGUGACCCAAAUCCGUACAAACGGUACUGUUCAUAUUUAUUCUUAAUAGUACAGAUUUACUAGUUAGUAUACAAAAAUCCAAACACUUGCAUGUUGUAUAGGAACAAGGAAUAAAGCCAUACUAGUGCAAUAAAACUGCAGUUUUCAAAUGUCACUGCCAGUAAACUUAACAUAGAAACUGCCAAAUUAUUUCCAAGUAAAUGUUUUUUGGGAUUUGUGAGGUUUUUCACUCAAUCAAUAACCAUUCGUGUGCAUGUGAGAAUAGAGUCCAUGAAAUCACUGAAAUCAGUUUUUUUACUAUACAUGCGUCAUUGUAUAUAUUAUUCUCACUUUUCCAGUGAGCACACUGCAAACCUGCUUAGUGAGAAUGACUUUGACACAGCAGACAUAUUUCUCCUUUGUUUCUCCAACCUGGGGGUGCUGUGGCAUCAUCUACUGUAGGCAGAGGUGGAAGAAGUACUCAGAUCUUGUAUUUUAGUAGAAGUACCAGAGUGUAGGAAUACUCUGUCACAGUAAAAGGCCUGCAUUCAAAAUGUUCCUCCAGUGAAAGUAGAAAGUACUCUCAUCUAAAUGUACUUAAAGUAGUGACAGUAAAAGUAGUCGUUGUUUGAUUGGUCCAUUUCAGAAUAAUAUCUCUGAUAUGUUUUAUAAUGAUUGAUCAUUAAAGUGUUCUCAGAGCUGGUAAAGGUGCAGCUAGUUUGAAUGGCUUUGUAUACUGCAGGGUAGCUGCUGAAUUUACUCCAGGUGAACUAAAGUCUGAUUUAAGGGUUGAUUAUAUUUACCAUCAUUAAUCCAGAUCUGUAAAGUGACUGAAGGGAUUAAAUACAUUUAGAAGAGUAAAAGUACAAAGUAGCAAAAAAUUGAAAUACAAGUCUCAAAAUUGUACUCAAGCUGUCAAUGGCAUCAACCAUGCGCAGAUACACAAGUUAUACAUAAUAUUGUCUUUUUAAAAAAAAAGUUUAAUUUGAAAGAAAAUUCAAGACUUUGGAAAUGAUAGGUGCGUCAAGUCUAGCAAACAAAGUACCUGAGAACUUUAUCAUGAGAAAACUAUACAAGAAGGAAACUCCAAACAUUUACAGAACACAUUUCACAUUGGGUACUUAGUACUUUGUGACAUUUACAACUCAAUGCAUUUAGUGACAACACCUUCACUGUUUAUUUUUAAAUAAACUUGCAUAUGUAUGAAUCAGAAGAUUCAAGUUUAUAGGAGUCAAUGGAAAGUGGUUAUUUCUAAAUGUAAGCAAUACUUAAUGUUACCAACAUCACAUUAAAUGGAUUACAGUAAUGGCAGCAUCAUAAACAAAUUUACACAAUUAUUCUGCAAAGAUGGCACGGAAAAUGAUCUUUGGUGAUGUCAUACAUCAGAUGAUUUGAGGUGGAAUCGGUUGGUUAAUUAGACUAUUUCAGUUUUUAAAUGAGACAGGAGGUGCAACUAGGGACUCAAAGACAGAAAUAUCAGUACAUUUGAAUUAUAAAUCAAAAUAUUCUUCAUACAGAGUUUCAAAAAGAUCUAAAGUUGCAUUGAUAAAGGUAUGUUGAACCUUUUAGAGAAGUGGGAUAGGGUAAGGCCCUGCCUGAAAGCAUGUUGCUACACUAUUUAUUGUGUGGUUAAAAGCUGUCAAGUGUUGGGACAUUCUUCAGUGCAGUGCUGUGGUUAAGUUGAGCAGCAGAGAGAAAUUGAAUCAAAAAAGGUAGCCCUGUAGAGUGUUGUUUUCUCCAUCUCAUACAGUACACGAGUUAAAGAGAAAAAAGGAACUCAAUAAAACCCUUAAACCAAUUGCACAGAUGACUGGC